GUCGUUUCGUCGGAAGUGCAGUUAUGAUGGCGACUGGUGGAAGUUUGGGUAACGUGGCGCUGUGGUUGUUGUGGAUUUUACCACCAGUUUUGUGUGAGACUGGGGAAUUUACUGCUGGUCACAGUGCUGGAUCUUUGCCUUCUAGUGGCACCGCCCGGAGCCGCAGGUAUCUUCUGUAUGAUGUUAAUCCACCUGAGGGCUUCAACUUGCGUAGAGAUGUGUACAUCCGCAUUGCCUCACUUUUGAAGACUUUACUAAAGAGUGAAGAAUGGGUGCUGGUCCUUCCACCUUGGGGGCGUCUCUACCAUUGGCAGACUCCAGGCAUUCAUCAGGUUCAGAUUCCUUGGUCCAAUUUCUUUGACCUCCACAGUUUAAACAAGAAUAUUCCUGUAGUCGAGUAUGAAGAGUUCAUUGCAGAGUCUGGAGGCCCUUUCAUUGAGCAGUUAUACAUACUGCAAGGUUAUGCGGAAGGGUGGAAGGAAGGUGCCUGGGAGGAGAAAGUGGACAAAAGGCCCUGUAUUGAAAAAAUGCUUUACUCCAAGGACAAAAAUGGAUAUUACAGGGGCUGGUUUUGGGGUUAUGAACAAACCAGAGCAUUAAAUGUUACUUGCCUGUCUGUGCAGGGCUCUGCCUCCAUAAUGGCACCAGUCCUCCUUCAAAACACAUCAGCACAAUCAGUGAUGUUGGACAGAGCAGAAAAUAUUUUGCACGAUCACUAUGGAGGGAAGGAAUACUGGAAUGCUCGACGUAGCAUGGUGUUUGCUAAACAUCUUCGUGCAGUUGGAGAUGAAUUUCGGGCCAGGGAUCUCAAUUCUACAGAUGAAGCUGACAAGACAGUGUAUAACGAGGACUGGACAAAGAUGAAGGUGAAGCUGGGCACUGCACUGGGUGGCCCAUACUUAGCAGUGCACCUUCGCAGAAAGGACUUUAUCUGGGGUCACAGAGAUGAUGUGCCUAGCCUGGCAGAGGCCAUAAGUCAGAUUCACAGCCUCCUGAAACAGUUGCAGCUACAGACUGUGUUUGUGGCCACUGAUGCAGUUGAUGAAGAGCUGGCAGUGUUGGAGAAAGGUCUACCAGGGAUGAUACGAUUUAAGCCCACAGUGGAGGAGAUGCAUUUGUAUAAGGAUGGAGGAAUUGCCAUUAUUGACCAGUGGAUCUGUACUCAUGCUAGGUACUUCAUUGGGACAUCAGUGUCAACAUUUUCCUUCAGAAUCCAUGAAGAGAGAGAAAUUUUGGGAUUUCAUCCCAAAACCACUUAUAAUCGAUUUUGUGGCAAGAAAGAAAAAAACUGUGAACAGCCAACACACUGGAAAAUUGUUUACUGACCACCCCACAACAGAAUCCACUGCACAGAUGCUUCAAUUAGCUCUUUUUCUGGACAGUCAUUUUAUAGGUUGCACAUACCUCUGAAUGACGUCUAAGAACUUGAUGCACAAGAGUGCAGCUGCUGUAAGAGCAGAGUUGUGCCAUGUCCAUGGGGACAUUGCUGACAUUGUCUAGAGGCUGUUGCCUUUAUAAUGAUUGUAGUUUGUCACUGGGAGUGAUAUUUGUUCAAGGCUGACAUAUUGUCAUAGUAUUAAGGGCACUGUUCACUUAACAGUUAUAGGAAAGAAGGACAGGGUGCGAUUCAUGAGCCUCUUAUGCCUGACUAAAUCCUCUUGCUUUGUGCUUAUGCCAGAGGUGACAGAUGUCCUUGACAAUCCCUGUUUUGAGAGUCUGUCCCUUUCCCUGGGUGCACACCUCUGCUUCCUGUGGUAUACAGCCCCUUUGUUUCAGGAAGUCUGACAAUACUCAGCCCUUUUCCAGCUAUCACAUACACAUGCACACACCAGCAAUAGGUAGCUUUUACCCCACAUACCCUCUUUACCUGUUGGCAGCGACUGGUACUCGUUACUACAUACAUACACACUGAUAAUCUGCUCACUGUAGUGGUAUUUGGCACUGUCAUCUUUCCCAGCCCACCCAAGUAGCAAUUGGUGCUCUCUCCCAGUCCUGACAGUUGGUGGACUCCCACAGAUCCUCAGAACAUUCCACAACUGACUGGAGUAUUCUUCUUCCUCCUCACUUUACCUGUUAGUGUUUGGAAUACACUGCCUAUUUCUACCUGGUGUAUCAGCAUUUGGAGAGCCACUCCAUACUCCUUCUCCUCUGGUCAGCAGUCUUUAUCCAUUGCCCUGUUCCCUUUUUGCAGAAUGACCUUAGUCGUCUUCCAUACAGCUUGUCAUUAACAGAGACACUCCCUUAUCUCCCCAUCUAGCAUGUCUACCGUGUACCUUUUUACCGUCCCAGUGACUGUGGGAGAUCUGACUUCCUUUACCCAUCCUGUGAUUAUUGGAAACUUGUUUCAUCCCACCCCUUGCAUCCUGCAAGCUGUCAAGACUUCUCUUCCAUCUUAAUUGGUUGACAUAUUUGGAAAGUUAUUGCUUCAUCACCCUGAUCCCCGACCUUCUGGGUCUCUGCCCUCUGCAGUUCUUGGUGCACCAGACAUCAAAACUACAAUAGUAAUAGGCUACUGAUGCACAUCAUUUUAUUUAGGAAUAGCACUUUUGGGCAUUGACUACCUCAGUAUAAAAUGGCAGCCAUUGAGCUAAGUAUUGCAGUGUAAUAACCCAGUCUUUAUAAAUCUGCUUAUUGGGUUAUAAAAUCUGUACUGCUGCAGGUAGUAGGGGGAUGUCUGUCUGCUUUUGGUAGAGGACUGAAUAUUGGUAAUAAUCCCCCAUUUCUGUCUUUCCAAUAAAUUACAACCCAUGGACAUUAUCCUGAGGAAGGACAUCCAUUGGCCCCAUUUUAUGUUGCAGUGAAUGUUUUCUCUCUGUCUCUCUGAAACCUCCUGUUGGCUGUCUAAAGAUGUCAGUCACUGCUUCAGGGAGUGGGAGCACAACCAAACACUUAAUGAAUCCACCUUUUGGUAUGUUAGGUCUGUACUUCUUUUUUGAAGUUAGGAAGGUUAGUAGAAGAGUGUUUUGAUACUUUGGUAAUUGCUUGGAUAUCACUGUUUUGGGCACAUCAGCACUCACAAAAAAAAAAAAAUAUAUAUAUAUAUAUAUAUAUAUAUAUAUAUAUAUAUAAUUUUUUUGCAUUGUGAACUGUAGUUUUUGAUAGAGUAAUUUCAGUUACAAAGAGCAAUGCACAGAAAUGAUUUCUUCUUUGUGACUCCUAGAGCAACAUCUUUGUCAUGCUGUCAGUAUUUUUCUCAGAGCCUAGCUUUGACAGCUAUGCAGCCCUGUUGUAGCACAACCAAAGCAUUGAGAAUGGCCACAUUUCCUGAUAGUUCUACAGGCAAGCUGUAAAGUGCAAACGUUAUGUAAUAUAUUCCUUUUUAAGUAUUUUUUAUUUGUUAACUAGCUAAUUGAAGUGGUCAUUCUCAGAUGAUUUUCAUCCAGGAUUCUUGCGACAAGAGCAAUUGGAACUGCAAUCAAGCUGAGUAGCCAGUCAAACAGCUUACACACUAUAUGAAAGUUUGUAGUAACCGGUUGAUUAGCAUAUUUAGGAGAGAUGGAAGAAACUGGAAUACCUCAAGAAAGCAUACACACACACAGAUAAGGCUAGAAUCUGCAAACAAUGGACAGAUGGUGACUGGAGGUCAGACUUGAACUGUGGACCCUUAAAUGGAAGUGUGAUGUAGCAGGAUUAGAUCACUAAGCCACCAUACUGGCCAAACCGAUUUCUUGUGGAGAGAAAAAAACUUUAAUGUUCAGUAGUUUCUAUUAGAUUGUACAGCAUUUUACUUUUGCGAUACUUAAAAUAUAGUUUUAUAGUAAAAUAGUUUGUAGUAACCGGUUGAUUAGCAUAUU